UCAACUCGAAUCCAUUCACACCCAAAACGUUUGUAGAUCGGCCGUCCAUAGGAGGAGCAAAACAGAGUUCAAAAUCAUAUUAACAAAACAAGAUUUUGAGUCCAAAUGAAAUCGGGAUCUAAACAUCGCUAGGUAAUGGGCAGCAUUACUAUGUGGGAUACCUUUGUUUUUCUCUUCAUCUUCUCUUGCUUUUGCAUGACGCUCUCCCACUGCGGAGACACUCUUAAACAAGGCAAAUCGAUCCGCGACCGGAUAAGGUUCCGCCAAUGGGUUGGAGAGGCACAGAGCCUGGUUUCGGCAAACCAGGUCUUCGAACUGGGUUUCUUCAGCCCCGGCAAAUCCAAGAAACGCUAUGUUGGGAUAUGGUACAAGACAGACCCAGCACAAACAAUAGUAUGGGUUGCCAACAGGCAAACACCGCUGCCCUCCAGUUUGUUUGGAUCCUUAACCAUCAACACCAAUGGGAAUUUGAUGAUUCUGGGUAGCACGCAGAAUCCCAAGACUCCGAGCAGAGGAAACUCCAUACCAGCGCAGAAUCCCAAGACUCUGAGCAUAGGAAUCUCCAUACCAUUGUCAUCGGUGCGGGCCAAAAGCAAUUCAAGCCUUACGCUCUUGGAUUGUGGAAAUCUUGUAUUUACCGAAAGAAAUGCAGAAGGUGAUGAACCUCUCACCUUGUGGCAGAGCUUCGAUUACCCUUCGGAUACUUACAUACCUGGCAUGAAACUGAGGCUGAAUGUGAUCGGAGGAAGUCCAAUGAUGCUUAGGUCGUGGAGAAGUAAAGAUGAUCCUAGUCCUGGGGAUUUCACACUUGAAUUGGAUUCGAGUGGGGCAGGCCAGCUCUCCAUUUGGAAAUAUGGAAAAGCCAGGAAUUGGACGAGCGGCUUUUGGAAUGGGCAAAUUUUCACCUCCAUUCCUGAAACGAAAUCAUACAAUUUCAACUAUUUUUCUGAUGAAAAUGGGAGCUAUUUCAGAUACUCGAUCAAAGAGAAUUCUGUUAUUUCAAGGCUAGUGAUGGAUGUUUCUGGGCAAAUCAAGCUAUUCACAUUGUCAGAGGAAAACCGGGCAUGGCGCAUGUUAUGGUUCCAACCAAGAGAAGUAUGCGACUAUUACGCCUACUGUGGUUCCAAUGGUGCUUGCAACCAGUAUUCAUCGUCAUCCUGCAGGUGUUUGGAUGGGUUCAUGCCUCGUUCGCCUAGAGAAUGGGAAUCGAAUGUAUGGUCUUCUGGGUGCGUAAGACGAACACCUUUGAGGUGUGGGGAAACAGAUCAGUUCGUGAUGAUGAAGAUGACGAGAUUGCCACCUCCCUCAGAUAACUUCUUAGAUUCAAGUGUACAGCUCAACGAUUGUGAAGCUAAAUGUAGGAGUGAUUGUUCAUGUACCGGUUUUGCUCCUGCCUAUGGAAACAGCUCUGGAUGUCGUCUUUGGCAUGGGGAGCUGAUGGGUCUUCAGGAAAACAAAAGCAGUGGGCAAGAUCUUCAUGUUCGAAUAGGGCCUUUCGAUCUGGAUGAAGGAAAGAAGAGACGGUUAUGGAUAAUUGCUCUGGUAAUAGUCCCUUCGAUGCUUCUUUUAUUUGGCGGCAUUAUUUGUUAUUUCCGGAGGAGAGUGCGUGUCCAGCGUAGAAGAGAACUUAGAUGUAAAGCCAAGAGAGAAACAAGCGUAGCAGCAUCGCUGUUCGAUUUAGGGAUUAACAUGGUGACAACCAACCAAUCUAUGCAAGGUGGGCAGAACAGCCUCGACUUUCAAGUGUUCAAUUUCCCUACUAUUUCAGCCGCCACAGGUGACUUCUCGGUUGCAAAUAAGCUAGGAGAGGGUGGUUUCGGACCCGUUUACAAGGGUAGGCUAAACAAGGGACUAGAAAUAGCUGUGAAAAGGCUUUCACAGCGAUCCAGUCAGGGGUUAGAAGAGCUCAAAACUGAGAUUAUGCUCAUCGCCAAGCUCCAACACAUGAAUCUUGUUCGGCUUUUUGGUUGCUGCAUAGAAGGAGAAGAAAAGAUGCUAAUCUAUGAGUACAUGCCGAACAAAAGCUUGGAUACCUUUAUUUUCGAUCCGGUGAAACGGAAGCUUUUGGAUUGGGGAAAACGCGUGUGGAUUAUCAAUGGUAUUGCUCAAGGGCUUCUGUAUCUUCACAAGUACUCCAGAUUGAGAAUUAUUCAUAGAGAUCUAAAAGCCAGUAAUAUUCUCUUGGACUCUGAAAUGAACCCCAAAAUAUCAGAUUUUGGCAUGGCAAGAGUAUUUGGACAGAAUGAAUCUGAAGCAAAAACGAAAAGGGUUGUCGGGACAUAUGGAUAUAUGUCUCCAGAGUACGCGAUGGGAGGACUCUUCUCGGAGAAAUCAGAUGUCUAUAGCUUUGGAGUCCUACUGCUAGAGAUUGUUAGUGGCAGGAAGAAUACCAGCUUUUGUCAUUUCGAAGAUUCUCUCAACCUUCUAGGAUAUGCCUGGGAGCUGUGGAAGAAUGGUAGGGGCUCUGAGUUGAUAGAUCCAACGCUGCGUGAUUCAUCUCCCAUAUGGGAAAUCACAAGAUGCAUCCACGUGGGACUUUUGUGUGUGCAAGAAAGUGCAAAGGAUCGGCCCACCAUGUCGAAUGUGGCCGCUCUGCUUAGCAAUGAAACUGCAACUCUGCCUACACCAAAACGACCCGCAUUUUCUUUAGGGAGAGACUUAUCGAUGACUACUCCAGGAUCUUGUUCAGUCAAUUUGAUGACGAUUUCUGUGAUGGAAGCUAGAUAAAGGCCUGAUCUAUUUUUAAUAGACAAUUUUCUUUUAGUUCU